GCCUAACAACUUCGGCUCGUCUGCCGGCGAAGGCGAACGAUGACCGCACGCCCCUGUCAUUUUAGCCCCUAAAACCCUCACGCCCAUCCCGGCGCUAAACCCUCGUCUUCUCCGCCAGGGGCUUCCCCCCAUGCUGAUAGCAUGGUGGAGAAGAACUCUUCCAGCUAUUGCAACUAGCCUUCCUUCUUCGAGGAAUCGAAACCUGUCCCUCCCAUUGCCCGCCGCUCCCCUCGGCCCCGUGCUGUCCGCCACUGAAGACCGGAUUAAAUCUUUCUUGAAAUCCGGAAUGAUCGACGACGCCGUCUCCCUCCUAACCCGAGCCCCCGAAACGAGCUCGAAACCGUCCUCUGUUCUCUGCUUCAACCUCGUACUAUCUUCUCUGACGCGAGCUCGUAGAUUCGAGUCCACGGUCUCCCUCUACCACUCCAUGCGCCGCUCCGGCGUGCCUCCGGACGUCGUCACCCUUAACAUCCUCAUCAACUGCUACUGUGAGUGGGGCCAUUUGGAUCUUGCGCGCCAGGUGUUCGACGAAAUAAGGUUCUGGUCUUACUCCCCGAAUGCAAUCUCUUGUAAUACUCUGAUCAAGGGCUAUUGCAGAAAAGGUAGGAUCUUUGAUGCGUUUGAUGUUCUACGUGAGAUGAGGGAGAAGGGGCCCAGCCCUGACAGCAGAACCUACUCGAUUUUGAUUGAUUUGGUUUGCAGUAAUUCGAAUUCGGAAUUGGGCAUGCGUUUGAUUUCUGAAAUGCUGAGAAUUGGAUUGGUUCCGAGUGAGAUUGCUUACAAUUGUGUCUUGGCUGGGCUUUGUAGCGAAGGGAAGAUGAAGUUGGCGAUGAUGCUCUAUACUAGGAUUGUCAAAAUGGGAGUUAAGGGAAAUGUGGUAACAUAUACUGGUUUUAUAAAUGGAUUGUGUCAGGAGAGGAGGCUAGUUGAAGCAAAAUUGCUUUUUGAUGAAAUGCUGGAGACGGGCUUCUCUCCAAAUGUCAUAACUUACACUGCUCUGAUUCAUGGACUAUGUGAGUAUGGUCAGCUGGAAGAGGCCAUGGGAAUGAUCGAAGAGAUGAUUUGUCGUGGUUGCAGUCCGAAUGUAGUUACAUACACAGGAGUCAUGGGUGGACUUUGUAAAGAGGGUAUGGUAGAAGAGGCGUUGAGGCUUUUAGAUGUGAUGACCCAAAAAGGGGUAGACCCUAAUGAAUUCACAUACUGUACUCUACUAAAUGGGUUAUGUAAAAGAGGGCGAAUUGAGGAAGCAAUCAGAUUCUUUAGCCAAAUGGAAGAGAGAGGAUUCGGGGAUAAUGUUGUUGCUUAUAAUAUUUUGAUCUGCGGAUUUUGCAAAAUGGGUAAUAUGGAGGAAGCCAGGAAGCUUCUCCAGGAUAUGAAAAGGAAAGGGACCAAGCCUGAUGUCAUCACGUAUAACACCUUGAUGGAUGGGUACUGUAAGAUUGGGAAAAUUGAGGCUGCACAUGAUUUAUUAAGUGACAUGGAAAGGCAGUGUUUAAGGCCAAACGUGGUGAGUUAUAAUACUUUAAUGGCUGGUUUUUGCAAGGUGGGUGAUCUUGAGCGUGCUGCAAAUUUGGUGGAAGAGAUGGCUGGUAAAGGAGUGGAGCUUGAUGUUGUAAGUUAUAGUAUACUUUCAGAUGGAAUGUGUAAGGCUGGCAGGUACCAAGAUACAGAGAAUUUGCUGCAUCAUAUGGCUGAGAAUGAGAUAGAACCUGAUGCUAUGAUGUAUUCAUGUAUACUUAAUGCAUACUGUAAAAAUAUGCGCUUGCAGGAAGCCAAAAGUAUUAUUAGAAGGAUGACAGAAAAGGGGCAUCAGACAAAUAUAGUAAUCCAUAAUGCUAUUCUGCAGGGCUUUUGCAUCAAAGGUGAGAUUAAGGAAGCAAUUAGGGUGCUCAAUGAAAUAAUUUUGAAUGACAUCGCUCCAUCUACUGUUAUGGUUUCUCUUUUUCUAGAGUAUAUUUGUAGGUUCGGUCAGCUAGAUAAGUUCUUAGACUUGCUGCCAGUCAUGCCUGAUAAGGAUGGGGAUUGAUGCCGUGAUGAGUCUGCAAGUGUUUUACAAUUCAAAUGCCUGUGGCAACUAUGAGUUUGGAACAUAACAACCAGAUACUAUGAGCACUCCCUCUUUGAGAUCUCCUUUGUCAGAAGUAGUAUAGUAAGGCAAGAGUUGAUAUGUUGAGAAUCUGAUUUCUGCAACAUCUUCCAGCUGCUUCACAGUUUGCAAGAUGAAAGGACAUAUUAUCUCAAGAAGCAAUUAUGUUGUCGAAGCAUUAUUUGCAUGCCUCUUUCCAUCCUGCAACUAAUUUGGGUAAAGUAAACCAUUUACCUACCUGAGAAAUGAGGAGAUGCUACAUUUGCUGGUUGCCCAUUUAUAAAAGACACAGCUGUUUUACUUGGUCUUUCUUAGGAUUGUGGAAGAGAAAUCUCAAAGAUGUUGACAUGUAUGUGAAUUGUGACAACACCUAACAAGAGAUGUCUCUCAAGGGCGUAAUUUUUGAGGUCAACUUUUGGCAUUAUAUGCAAGAGAAUUGAAUCUAUAACCAUGCACACUUCUUAUUUUUGUUGUGUACGGUUCAAGACUUGCCUACUUUGGGUCAAGAUUCACAGUGGGUUUGGUUGCUGUUAUGGUGUGCUGCUUCAUUUUGAAAUGAAUUGAUCCACACUAUCAGAGAUUGCAGCAGGCACAGCCAAACCACUAGCAUCCUCCACCACCACCAUGACCUGCUCCUUGUUCCUUUGGGUGAGAGGGGGUCAGCUAUGAAGUGCAACCCUAUAAGAGUUCUCCAGAAAGGAUCAAGCAACAUAUUAUAGCUGGCUGUCAGGCCAAAUCAUCCACCAGAAUCAUUGGGAACUCGGAACUCCUCUGGACGACUCUUACAUAUUAACAUGCUACUGAUACGGGAGGUGACAGCAUGGCGCUGGAGUUGAUUUGCGCAAAAGAAAUGCAUCUACCCCCGCCCCAAGAGUGCACAGGAGGUGUCUGCAUUCAUACCCAAUUCCUGCAUGAGAGCUUUCAACUCACUGCAAACAGACUGCUGCUAAUUUUUUUUUAUCCAGAUACAUGAAAGAGAACUCAGAUUUUAACCAAUCAGGCUCACUGCUUCCUUGAAUCUUAAAAUUCUUGUCUUUCUAGCCUGGAUGACUAUGCUUGUGUAACUCCUUUUUGAAUUGGUGACAUGGAUGACUAUGAUUCCUUGAAUCAAACAAAUAUGGUUCUUAUUUCUUCCGCA